AUGGUGCGGUCGGCGCGAGUACUGUCAAUUCCCGCGCGAGCUUUCCACCUCGCGAUUCUCCUCCUCUGCUCCUCCCUCUUCGUCAACGCGGCCGCUACAGUGCGGCCGCUACAGGCGCUGAGCAAGGCGUGGCGGCUACCUCCGUUUGAGCAGUGCGACUUGCGGGCUGGCCUCACGUGUGACGCGCAGGGCAUGGUGACGCGAAUCAACCUAGCCAGUCGCAACCUCACUGGAGUCAUCCCCAAAGCGAUCUCCGCUUUUGCCAGCCUCACUAACCUCUCGCUACACGACAACCACCUGUACGGGCACCUGCCCGAUAUGGGGAGGAUGAAGCUGUUGAGAGAACUAUACCUACACGGCAACAAUCUCACAGGCCCCGUCCCUGCUUCCCUCAGCCUCCUCUCAAACCUCGAAGCUCUGAACCUCGGCGAGAACGCCCUGUCAGGCCGCAUCCCCGUGGAGCUCGGCAAUCUCAAGGCUCUCAUCCUGCUCAACCUCAACAGCAACCGCCUUGCUGGUAACAUCCCUGAAACUCUCGGAAAGCUUUCCAAGCUGCAGCACCUGGAGUUGGGAGGCAAUGCGCUCACAGGGCCGAUCCCGGAUUCAUUUGCGGCGCUUACGAACCUGUUCACACUCGAUCUGAGUCCCAACCAGCUCUCAGGCCCCAUCCCACCUGCCAUCGGUGCCCUCAAGAAGCUCAAAUGGGUGUACCUGUCGGGGAAUCAAAUCAGCGGCAGUCUGCCGCCCGCAAUCGGCAACCUGCAGGACUUGGAGCACCUGUGGAUAGAGGACAACAAACUCACUGGUCCACUCCCUACCGAGAUCGGUAACUGCACGAGCCUGCAGAUUCUCUACCUAUCCAACAACAGCAUCAGCGGCAGUCUACCAGACAGCAUAGGCCAGCUGUGGGCAAUGCGGGACAUGCGGCUGGACAGCAACAUGCUCUCAGGCGCCCUCCCGCCAACCAUGGGCCUUCUCUCCAACCUCACCGUUCUAGAACUGCACUCCAAUCAGCUCUCAGGAGCUCUGCCAGCCACACUCGGAAAGCUCUCCCUGCUGAAAGCACUAACCAUCAACGCCACAGCCCAGCCCUGCCCCGCCUCCGCGUCCCCCUGCCUAGUCUCCCAGUCCGCCUCCUCCUCCUUCUGCCACCUCUGCCCCCAGUUCUGCUCCUCCUGCGAGCCCCUUGAGAGGCUGACUGUAGAGAAUGGGGGGGAGAGUGGGAACGAUGGCAGUGGUGGUAAUGGUGGUGGGCUGAGCAUGGGGGCAAUCAUUGCGGUGGUGUGCGGUUCUCUGCUCCUGUUGACGGCUGUGCUUGUGGCGUUCCUCAUUUGGUGCUGCUGUGGGGCAGGCUCGUCCCCCUUCAAGCACGUCAAAGUCGUUGACCAGGAGGAGUUUGAUGAUUCGGGUCUGAUCCCGUCGCUGUGCUGCCGCUACUCCCUGGUUGAGAUUCGCCGAGCCACGGGCAACUGGAGCGAGGAGAACCGCAUAGGCAGCGGGCAGCACAGCGACGUGUACAAGGGCACGUGCCCGUACAACCCCGCCAGCACGUGGGCUGUGAAGCGAUACAAGGAGCGGUCUAACCACUUCGAGAAAGAGGUGGAGCAGAUAGCAAGCAAGUGGCACCCGAACCUCGCGCACCUGCUGGGCUACUGCGUGGACUCGGACACGCGAGUGGAGGGCGGCAGGAUGGUGCAGGUGGAGGAGCAGAUCGCAGUGUAUGAAUACGUGCACCACGGGGACCUCAGCCGCUACCUCUACCAAGGUGGAAGAGCAGAUCGCAGUGUACGAGCCAAGGUCGCCAACUACGGGCUGCUGCAGCGCAAUGAAACCAGCGCUGUCAAUGCUGGGCGGCUGUUUGGCACUCCGGGAUACGUGGAUCCGGUGUAUCUGACCUCUCACAUUGCCACCAAGGCCUCGGACGUGUUCAGCUUCGGCGUCAUCUUUCUCGAGCUGCUCACGGGGCGGCCGCCAUUCAUUCAAGUGCAAGCGGAGCAUGGGGAGGACCACGAGCACAUCGCUGACUGGGCGGCACCUCUUAUCGACGAGGGCAAGACAGAGGAGCUCAAGGACCCGCAUCUCGAUGUGCCCGAGUCCUCCUUCCUCUCCCUCGCUGAGCUCGCCAUUCGCUGCACCGCCAUGCCCUUCACCGACCGCCCGCCCAUGGGGGAGGUGCUGGCCACGCUCAAGGCCAUCCGGACCGACUUUUUUGGCCUCACGGACCCGGAUGAGGUUUAUGGAGGCGAGGGGAGUGGUGGUAUGGAGAAUGGGUUCAGUGGCGGUGAUGGCGAUGGUGAUGGUCGGGGGGAUUGGGGUGUUUCAGUUAAUAAUAUUUGA